CACUAUUUCUCCAUUCCACUCUAGUGCAACAAGUUGAACAAUUGCCGCAUCGUUUUUUAUAGCAAAUCAAACGGUGCAAGAACAAAGUUCAAUUGACAAAGUAAUAGAUAAUUAGGUAAAAAGUGAAAAACGAAUCCAAUCGAAUUACGACUGUGCAAUGUCGGCAACGAGAUUUCUGAGUGCCGUUGGCCAAAUUUCGCGACAACAAUUGCUGCACAAUAAGUGCACGAGAGCCCUGCCCGUUUCGGCCCAUCUUCUCCAGAACCGCCGCCUUAUGUCCACGACUCCCGCUCCGGUGGCCAACAAGCACCUCCACACCAAGGUGGUCAAUGGAGUGCUGGUCAUCAAGAUAGACUCCCCCAAUGCCAAGGUCAAUUCCCUGGGCACCGAGGUGAGCGACGAGUUCGAGCGAGUGAUCAAGGACCUGGAGACAAAUCCUGCUGUCAGUUCGGCCGUUCUGAUCUCGGGUAAACCGGGAUGCUUUGUGGCUGGAGCCGACAUUGGAAUGCUGGAGGCCUGCCAGACUGCGGAAGAGGCCACUCUGAUCUCCCACGGCGCCCAGGUGAUGUUCGACCGAAUGGAGCGCAGCAAGAAGCCCAUUGUGGCCGCCAUCAGUGGCGUCUGUCUGGGCGGAGGAUUGGAACUCGCCCUGGCCUGUCAUUACCGCAUCGCCACCAAGGAUAGCAAGACUAAGCUGGGUCUGCCGGAGGUCAUGUUGGGUCUCCUCCCCGGCGGUGGUGGAACUGUGCGUCUGCCCAAGCUCACCUCUGUGCCCACCGCUCUGGAUCUGGAGCUGACCGGCAAGCAGGUGCGCGCCGAUCGCGCCAAGCGAUUGGGAAUCGUGGAUCUGCUGGUGGAACCCCUCGGUCCUGGACUCCAGCCUGCGGAGCAGAACACCAUCGAGUAUCUGGAGAAGACCGCCGUCCAGGUGGCAAACGACCUGGCCAGUGGCAAACUUCGCGUAAACCGCGAAAAAGGCGGACUGGUCAACAAGAUUCAGUCCUUCGUUAUGGACACUGACUUUGUAAAGAACAAGAUCUUCGACACUGCCAGGAAGCAGGUGCUUAGAGCCUCCAAUGGUCUCUAUCCCGCUCCCCUGAAGAUCCUCGAUGUGAUCCGCGCUGGCGUGGAUAAGGGAUCCGAUGCAGGCUACGAGGCGGAGCGUAAGGGCUUUGGCGAUCUGUCGGCCACCCCCGAGUCCAAGGGUUUGAUUUCCCUCUUCCGUGGCCAAACUGAGUGCAAGAAGAACCGAUUCGGCAAGCCAGAGCGUCCGGUCAAGACUGUCGGUGUUCUGGGAGCUGGCCUGAUGGGCGCCGGAAUCGUUCAGGUCUCCGUCGACAAGGGCUACCAGGUGGUGAUGAAGGAUGCCACCGAGGCGGGUCUGGCUCGCGGUAUUGGUCAGGUGCAGAAGGGUCUAGAGACGGCCGUGAAGCGCAAGCGGAUCUCUGCACUGGAACGCGAUCAGACUUUAGCCAGCCUGUUACCCACUCUUGAUUACAACGACUUCAAGAACGCGGACAUCAUUAUCGAAGCUGUGUUCGAAGACAUUAAGGUCAAGCACAACGUGAUCAAGGAGUUGGAGGCAGUUGUUCCCAAGCACUGCGUCAUUGCCACCAACACCAGCGCCAUCCCCAUUACCGAUAUUGCUGCCGGUAGCUCACGGCCCGAGAAAGUUGUCGGCAUGCACUACUUCUCUCCCGUGGACAAGAUGCAGCUGCUGGAGAUUAUCACCCACCCAGGCACCUCCAAGGACACCAUUGCCCAGGCCGUGGCUGUCGGCCUGAAGCAAGGCAAGGUCGUCAUCACCGUAGGAGACGGACCCGGAUUCUACACCACCCGCAUCCUAGCCCCUAUGCUGUCGGAGGCCAUAAGACUGCUGCAGGAAGGCGUGGAUCCCAAGGAUCUAGACCAGUACAUGAAGAAGUUUGGUUUUCCCGUGGGCGCUGCAACCCUUGCCGAUGAGGUUGGCAUUGAUGUGGGCUCCCACAUUGCCGGGAACCUGGGGAAGGCGUUCGGUGAUCGCUUUAGCGGAGGCAAUUUGGAAGUGAUGAACGAUCUGGUGUUGGCCGGUUUCCUGGGACGCAAAUCCGGAAAGGGCAUCUUCCUGUACGAUGGCCAGAAGAGAGGAACUCGUCCGGUGAACAACGAUGCUCUUGAGAUCAUCAAGCAGAAGUACAGCCUAGUAUCAAAGGGAGCCAACACCCCCGAGGAUCUGACGCUGCGAAUGGUGUCGCGUUUCGUCAACGAGGCUGUGCUGUGUCUGGAGGAUAAGAUUUUGGUCAGUCCGCUGGAGGGCGAUGUGGGCGCCGUUUUCGGCCUGGGCUUCCCGCCAUUCUCCGGGGGACCCUUCCGCUGGGUCGACCAGUACGGAGCAGGCAAGCUGGUCAGCAAGAUGCAGUCCUAUGCCGAGCUGUACGGAACCCCCUUCAAGCCCGCCCAGACUCUGCUGGACAUGGCCAAGGAUCCGGCGAAGAAGUUCUACCCCAAGACUGGCUCCUCAAAGUUGUAGAUCCGAUCCAAUCCGAUCCCAGCCUCCGAUAAAGCCGCCAACAAAAAUUAGCUUUUAGUGCGAAGAAAGGGACAAGGUUUGUCCUAGUGCAUUUCUCUCAGAAGGAGAGCAUUUGUGGUGCACCCGCUCCCUAGAAAAUGGGGCAAGGCCCCUUGUGAAACAUCCUUUGUUGAAGUUGUCGAGUUUAUAAAUUAAAGUUUACCGUGUAAUUUUCCAUA